AUGGUGAAUCGCGUUUAUGAACGUAAAGUUGCACACAACAAUGAGGCCAGACUUGCUUCCAGCUUCAUUUGGAGUACAGGCAAACUCAUCUAUUAUCGAUUUUUUGCAAAAGUGUAUGGAUUUUGUGGCUCGUUUGCAUCAGUAGCGAUGGUGAACUCGACAUGGACAAAGGGGCAUAUUGACGAAUUAUGGCACACCAAAGCAGAGAUUGUUUAUCCACCUUGCGAUACAGAAAGGCUAAACGUGUUACCCUUGCAAGGUAGAAAACCCAUCAUUGUCAGUGUUGCCCAGUUUAGACCAGAGAAGGAUCAUUCUUUACAGUUAAAAUCGUUGGCAAAGAUGAUGGAGAAGUAUCCUCAGACAAAAUCCAUGGGGGUUGAGCUGGUCUUGAUCGGAAGUUCCAGAAACGAAGGUGAUGCGAAUCGAAUUGAUAGAUUGCGUAAAGAGGCUGUUGAACUGGGAAUUGAGGAUUACGUAAGGUUUGAGGUCAAUGCUUCUUACAAUCUAUUGGUUUCGAGUCUGGGUAUGGCCAAGGUCGGACUUCAUACGAUGUGGAAUGAACAUUUUGGUAUUGGCGUUGUAGAAUACAUGGCAGCAGGAUUAAUCCCAGUGGCUCAUCAAUCCGGUGGGCCUAAAUUGGAUAUUGUGACAGAAUAUGAUGGAAAGCCAACGGGCUUUCUUGCUGAUUCAGUGGAUACUUUUGCUGAUGCUUUGUAUACCGCCUUAUCUUUAUCAGAAGAGGAGUAUGAACAAAUCGCAUCCAAUGCUCGAGCAUCCGCUUCCGAUAAAUUUUCUGAAGAGGCUUUUAGUUCGGAUCUUUUAUGUGCCCUUCGUCCGUGUUUGACUUAA